AGAUUCAUCAAAAAAAAAAGUGAAAGUGUCAAAGAGAAGUGCGAAACGAAGCACGCAAGAUCCAAUAUGGAAGAAGAUAACACCACGAUCGUCAUGGCGUCACUCUCUACUCUCUCUUCUUCACUCCUCACAAAUCUCACUCACUCCAUUCUCUCUAUCUCCCACCACCAUCGCCGCCGUCUCGCCUCCGUCCUAUCUUCUCCGACCCUUUUCUCACUCACUCUCCGCCACCUCCUCUCUCUAUCUCUCCCAGACAAAACCCACCUCAUCGCCAACCACCUCCUCUCACUCCUCCACCCUCUUCUCAUCCACCUUAAACACAACUCUCUCACCUCCUCCGCCACCACCAUGAAGCUCCGGGACCUCGACGCAGUGGUCCUCCUCCUCUUUCUCUGCGAAACCCACCAGCUAAAUCCAGACGCCCUAGAAGCUUCCGCCGAUAAUUGGCGGGAAAUCCUCGGCAACAUGUGCGCUAAUACCAUGCUAAGUAAUAAUUCAGGUCUCUGGACAUGCGAUGCCGGAAUAUUGAUGCCGUACAUAGAAACCCUAGUUAGAUGCAAAAGAUUCGUCGACAUAAUGGGAGGCCACAACCAUAUCCGCCGGGGAGAUCAGAAACAAGGCUACGAAGUUCCAGCGGCUAGAGCUGCAGUGGUAGCGUUACGAGCGGUUGAGGUAUUCAAAGACGACGACGACGCCGGAGAAGUAGAAUGCGUGAUAUGCAAGGAAGAGAUGAGCGAAGGGAGAGACGUUUGCGAAAUGCCAUGUCAGCAUUUGUUUCACUGGAAGUGUAUAUUGCCAUGGCUAAGCAAGAAGAACACGUGUCCUUUCUGUAGGUUUCAACUCCCCACCGACGAUGUCUUCUCUGAGAUCCAACGGUUGUGGGAGACCCUCGUCAAGCGCAGCGACUCACACGUGGCGUGAUCUCAGCUCGCGGUGAUGCGUACAUAAACAUGUGUAAGCACAAGUAACAGAAGCGUGUGUACAUCGUUAUCUAAUGCUGUUAUAGAUAGGAAUGUUUGGGCCGUUUAUAUAUAUAUAGAAACUUUGGACCUGAUAGAGAGACACAUGUGGUUAUAAAACUCCCCAGGGCUUUUGUUUUUCUUUUUCAGGUUUAAGUUAUUAAAUAAAUUUUUUAGUAAGACGAA